AUGUCAACUUGUCGGCCAGCCAGUCAAACAAUUUUACAAACUGGCUAUGAAAAUUCUUUAACUGAUCUGCCCCAGAUCAAGGUAAGCCAAAUAUAAGAACAUGAACUCUCCUUUUGCGUCCCGCCACGUCUUCCCUGACUAAUAAAAAAAAUAUUUUUUCGUGGAUCAAGAAAAAGAUUGGAGCACAAUAAAUUGAUGUAUAGAAGGUGUAUGUCAUGGGACUGUGCAAAUGUCCAAAGAGAAGAGCGACUAACUUAUUUUGUUUCGAACAUAGGGUCAAUGUCUGCGAACAUUGCUUGGUUGAUGUCCAUGAAGCCGUGAGUACUCUCUUGUUUUUGUUUAUCUUCGGUUUAGUGUGUGGUGCAGUCGUAUUUAUCUUGGUUGACUGACAGUGAUUAUGAUACGAAAUGUCUUCUUUGUUCAGAAUCUUUGGCUUCGAAGGAAACCGUUAGAUUAAAAUGCCUUCGUAAGUUAAAAAUUUUUUGUGGAAAAGUUUAGAUAAUUUCCAUUGGAGUUGUAUGAGUACCCGGGUUGGAAAUCUGCCAGAAGGUACUCCUCCGACCACCUUCAAAUGUCCGAUAUGUUUGGAUUCCAUUUUUCCUUCUGCUAAUCAGACAUCUCCAGUAAUCGAAAGAUUGAAGGAGAAGCUGAGUUCUGUCAAUUGGGGACGCAUUGGUCUAGGUUUGGAGCCUGUAAGACUUUUGUAUUUCUUGCGAAUAACUUAGGUUGACCUUUUUUUGAUUAUUUGUGCAAAUUUCAGAAGAAAGGGCUUGACAUUGUAACAGAAGACAGACAUUACCCGAAGAAAUCGUUUGCUGUGAAUAUUGGGUACGAUCUUAGACCGAGUGUACAAACAACCUGUAGGUUCAACUUCUAGGAAAAGUUACGGGGUUUUUUUUUCAAUUGCUUUUAGCUCGUGUAAAGCAAGGGAAUUUGCCAAUUGAAAGCCGCCCCCUUCAAGAUGAUAGCGAUCAUGUGGACAUAAAAUAUGUAAAGAGGCAAUCAACUAUGAGGUAAUAUAUUGGUGAAACUUCCGGGUUCUGGGUCAUUCCUAAAGUGGAAUCCAAUAUUUUAUGUUCACGAUUGAAACUUUAGAUUUGGCCGAUUCUCCAAAACAGUGAAAAGAAGUUUGGUUAUAUUAUUGGUCCUUGGUGGAUUCUAUUUGGUCCUCUUGAUGUUCUCUGGUAGAGAUUCCAAUGAGAAUGAGAGUCUUUUUGAUCCCCAUGCCAAUCCUAAUAUCCGGGUGGAGCCAAAUAAUUUAUGAAGUAUAAUAUUGUAUAAUCUAUUUUUACCUGAAGUUGUGAUACUAACACGCUGAUGUCGCGGCUUGUUAAUAAAAUAAAUUAUUUUUGGUGGUUUACACUAAAGAGUGGUUGAAAGCCAUCAUUAUUAUUUUUCCAAGUCCUUAGCGCAAAAUAUUAGACAUCUACGAUUUGCUUAGUUAAGGUCUAAGUCUUUACAGAUGUUGUCCACGGGAAAACUAGCCCAUCGAGUUUGGGCAGUUGGGGCUCGGGGGCCUGUCAGAUUCCAGCAAACUAAAGCGCCGCAGAAGUUCGAAGUGUUCAUCGAUGAUAAGAAGGUGUUAGUCGAUCCUGGAAUGACCAUCCUUCAGGUAAUUUUAUUCGCUUAAUGAAAUACUUGAUGUUUAGGCCUGUGCUCUGGUUGGGGUAGACAUCCCCAGGUUCUGUUAUCACGACCGUUUAUCCAUUGCUGGUAACUGCCGAAUGUGCUUAGUGGAGGUGGAGAAGUCAAUCAAGCCUGUGGCCUCUUGUGCUAUGCCGGUUAUGAAUGGGAUGAAGGUUAAAACUAAUUCGGCAAUUUCAAAGAAGGCCCGAGAAGGAGUCAUGGAGUUUCUUUUAGUUAAUCAUCCUCUCGAUUGUCCCAUUUGUGAUCAGGUAUGUUGUUCUUAACUGCUUUAAACUGCAUUGCAGGGAGGUGAAUGUGAUUUGCAAGAUCAGUCUAUGAAUUUUGGAUCCGAUCGGUCGCGUCUUCAAAACGAAUUCGAUGGGAAAAGAGGAGUCGAGGACAAAGAUAUUGGACCCCUGGUAAAGACAAUCAUGAACAGAUGCAUCCAAUGUACUCGCUGCGUUCGUUUCGCCAAUGAAGUUGCUGGGGUUCCCGACUUGGGAACUACUGGACGAGGAUCGGACAUGCAGAUUGGUACUUACGUGGAGAAGUUGUUCGCUUCCGAGCUCUCGGGUAAUGUGAUCGACCUUUGUCCUGUCGGCGCUUUGACUCAUAAACCUGGAAGGUAAAAAUACUUUAAUUUUAAUAUUUUUUUUAGUUUUAUGUCCCGGCCAUGGGAAAACCGAAAGACUGAGUCUAUUGAUGUGAUGGAUGCGGUCGGAUCGAACAUCGUGGUCAAUCACAGAACCGGCGAAGUCAUGAGAAUCAUCCCUAAAAUGAAUGAUGUAAGUGUUUAUCAUUUUAUAUUGACCACGUUUAGGAUGUGAACGAAGAAUGGAUUAGCGACAAAGCUCGGUUUGUUGUUGAUGGACUGAAGAGACAAAGACUUCUCACUCCAUUUACUAAGACCCCCUUAGGACUUGAACAAACUUCAUGGGAAGAUGCUCUUUUCUCUGUGGCUCAGAAGUUCAGGCAGCUUUCUAAGGAAGGAAGCGCCGUCGCCGGGGUUGUUGGUGGUCUAGUGGAAGCAGGUGUGUGACAAGGGGUGAAUGUAUGGUCUUUUAGAGUCUCUUGUCUCCUUAAAAGAUUUACUUAAUCGAUUUGGAUCCGAGAAUUUCUUCACCGAGGAAUCCUAUUUUUUCAACUCUGACCUGAGGUGAGCCGCUGGUACAAUAAUAAUGCUUUUGUAGGGCAAAUUACUUGCUAAACGACCGUCUGACUUCUGUGGAAAAUGCGGACUUUGUUCUCUUGGUUGGUACUAAUCCAAGAUAUGAAGCCCCGGUGUUUAAUGCCCGAAUCAGAAAAGCGUUCCUCCAUACUGAUGUGGAAAUUGGGGUGAUUGGAUCCCAGGUUAAUUUGACUUAUGAUUAUCAUUAUCUUGGGGACAGUGCUAAGGCUGUAAAUGAUGUCAUCGAAGGGUCUUCGGAGUUUGGAAAGGUUUGUGUUUACAUUUAGCCGUUAUCGGCCAUCUUUUAGGGUCUUUUGUCUGCCAAGAGACCAGUGAUUGUUGUUGGAGUUGACGCUUUGCAAGGAGCUGAGGGAGCCAAGCUUCACUCACAACUACUUAAAUUGUCAGAGAAAUUGAGAAAGAAUGGAGGCAAGUUUUUUAAAUAUGUCGUUGUCCGCAAAAAGUUCUCGUUGGCCGCAAUGGAAAUAUCUUUUGUCCAUAAGUUAACACAUUUUUGUGUAAACCUUUUGACUAGUAGGGUGUUCUACUCUUACUCCUGGUAAUUCACGGGUUAAACGAGCACUCAGGAUAUAACAUCUGAUGAUGUUGUACAUGAUAUCAGUGAUUAUUCGACUAAAACCAUGUCGAUUUUUAUACAUUCUUUUAUCCGGUAUACUAGAAGAGUUUUUUUCAUUUUAAACACCAAUUGGAUGCCUUCUUGGGUGCCUUUCUAAAAUUUAUUUCAUUUGCGGACAUUGAAAGGCGCGUCCUUCUGUUAAAUACAUUAUCUUUUAGCAGAAACAGUCGGAUUCAAUGUCCUCCAACGAAAUGCCGCCCAAGUUGCCGCUCUUGACAUUGGAUUUAGGAGUUUGCAUAAAUUGGGUGCCGACGAGAAGAAGAAGAUCAAGCUGUUGUAUCUUUUGGGAUCGGAUGAGACUGGUUUGAGGAGAGAAGACUUCCAUCCAGACGUCUUCGUAAUCUACCAAGGCCAUCAUGGAGACCACGGUGCCUCCAUCGCCGACCUUGUUCUUCCUGGAGCGGCCUACACAGAGAAAGCAGGUACCUAUGUCAACACCGAAGGACGCCCACAGCGCACAUACCCAGCAGUUCCACCUCCUGGGGAUUCCCGCCCGGAUUGGAAGAUUAUCCGUGCUUUGAGUGAGAUCGCUGGAGUUAAGCUACCUUACGAUACGAUCGAAGAAGUUCGAGAGCGAUUAAGCCAAGUAGCCCCGCAUUUGGUGAGAUAUGGCCAAGUGGAGACUAGUGGUCUUCUUGACCUGACGUCUCAACUUGCGACAAAUGAAUCGUCAUCUCAGCCUCUCCAUGUCCGUCAGACCAAUUUAGCCGACUUUUAUGUUACCAAUGCGGUGACAAGGGCCUCGCCCACCAUGGCUGAAUGUGUUCGAUCGUCUCGUGCUAAUGUCUCCAAUCCCCACUUGGACGUACCAUUCAUUGAGGCUGCUGCUCAAGGUGUUGCAUUGGCUUCCAAAACAUACUAG